AUGAUGUGGCUGGAAUCAGGUGGCUCGAACUUUGAUAACCUGUCGACUACAGCUGCGUUUGCGGUGGCGACACCAGCGGCAACGAUAGAAGACGUGGUGGACGCGACCAGGGUCUUUCUUGCGUACACCCGAGAGUACUGUUGUGCGGAGUUGAUUGAGCUGGUGGAACGCAUCGUGGAAUUUCUGGAGGAGACGCUCAUGCAGGUCACGUGGUCGGCUAAGGAUUUAUCGGCACUUGUUUUCUGGGACGAUCGACUCCUGCGCGAUUUAAUGUUCGUAAAACUGCAUCGCCAAGUAGACGACGCUGAGCGCAAGACAACCGCCCAACGCGAUGGCAAGAAGAGGCUUGGAAAAAUUCCUAAAGACGUAUUACGACAGUUGCCGGUGCAGGUUGAUCCCGCUACCGGAAGAUCGCGCAAUUUCUGCAUGCGGUACCUCCCCAAGGCUGAGUACACACCAGAACGCGACGGCCGCGGGCGCCACGCAGCGCAGCGCGUGCAGCUGGAGGCGUUCAACGAGGUGGUCAGGGAGAUCGCCGCGGAUCCUUCUUGUCUCACGCCCAAGCUGCUGCAGGAGCUGCCCAAGGCGCUCGCGGCCUGCAGAUACGUCAUCAUAUUGCGUGAACACGUGGCCGCCUUCUUCCCGGAAGACGACGAGGGCCAGGUCGGCCACCAGUACUUCCUAGAGCUGCUGCAGAGCUGGCACCGAGCCCUCAAGACCGUGGAGGUGGAGCAGGAGGAGCUGGCGGCGGUGGAGCUGGACAACGCUAAGUUCGAGAACUAUUAUGAAGUGCUGCAGGUGGACGAGGACUUCUUCUCCGACGAGGGGGCCUUUGUGGCGGAGCCGGAAGCCCCCAAGACCGCCAAGGUGGACAGGGAGCGGCUCUUCCAGGAGGCCUUCGCCGAUGAGUUGAGGAUGGAGCUCGUGUACUUGUUCAUGGAGCUGGACGAGCUGCUGGAAGCUGUGUACAAGGUUUAUUGUGAAGUGAAGCAGGAGAAACGCACCAUGGUGGAGGCCACGGUGGUGGUCAAGCUGGCUCUGGACACUGCCAGUGCGCUGACGGCCAAGCUGCAGCUGAAAUACCCGACGCUCCGGUCGGCCAAGGACAUGUUCAACAUUGUGAGGAACAUCUCGCAGAAGAGCUUCCGACAGAGGAUCUUGCAGCUCCACCAGAGCAUCAUGGACGAGCUCAGGAUCGCGUACGAUAGUAAGUUGGAUAAGCCGGCCAAGUACGUGCCUGGUACAUUCCUGAUCGAGUUGCUGGGAGUGGGCAUGACGCUGGACAGCUUUGUCGCCUCGGUUCCGGCUGAUAGCCAUACCGGCAAUGGCGUCUUCUUUCCGAGUGGAGUAUUUGGAGAAACUUACGGCGAAGAUCGGACGCCCCUGUACGUCCAGAUUCCUGAUACUAACAACGACAAGGUCUUCCUGAUGCAGCAGCUGCCCAUGUUGUUUAACGCUAUGAUGGAUCGGAAGAAUGCUGGCAAAUCCGGGAUCGAGUUGGCGCCGAUGGAGCCGGUCAUGCAGCUUAUGGACAAGUUUUUCACGACGCAGACUUUCCCUGUUGGAAGCGAAGCCUACAAGAAGCGCAAGGCCUUUCACUUGAGCGACGUGUCGAAGAUAUUCCGACUGAUGAGAUUGAACGACAAGUCCGUUCUGAGUGGCGGAUUGUGGAAAGAUAGACUGGUGGCAAUCUCUGAUGUAUGCUCGGAGGAACUCUUUGACACGCGUGUGCUAUCGCGCGAUCUAUUGAAGCUGAAUGAAGACCUCAUGGAUACGUUCCCUGGCUUGAUCAAGGUAGUUGGGUGUCAAGAUGAUUUCCAGGAAAUCGUAGCACACUCGGUCGCUGGUGAAUCGCGCCAGCAGCGGGUGAACCGGGCGCUGGAGGAGUCAGUGAUGAAGCUUUUGAUGCCGCUCUUGGAUGCCAUGAAGCCAGACGGAUCCUUUGACACCAGCGCGAUACCUGGAGCUACCAUUACGCUGGAUACGCUGUUUGCUACGGAAAUGUGCAGGGAAGUGGCGGCGGUCAUUAAAGCGAGAUUUGCGAGUCUGCCUCAAAUCUGUGAGCAGAAAUAUUUCACGCUUCCUUCACAGCCGAACUUCGCAACCCAAGAAUAUGGUCGACUGGAGGAAGGGCGACGGGAGGACUAUGAGGAAGUGUUUGAGGAGCUGAUGGAGCUGAUGGAGCUGCUGAGGAGCAGCAAGGGUCCGCUCACUGGUAGUGACCUCGAGCAUUUCAAGUACGAACUCAAGAGGGACCCCGAUCUGAUGGGAUUACUUUCAGAGAAACCAGAGCAAGGUUUGGAUCCUAUGUAUGGUGAUCUGUGUAGCCUCCUUCACCAAACAGCUGCUGGACCUGCUCACGACGCUGACCCGGUCGAUUGGAUGAUUCAAAUGGGGGCCCUGAUCAUACAGCCUACGUUGCACUGUCGGAAAGCGCCCCUGCAAAAGGACCUGAAAAUUCCUCGUGGGCUCUACCCCAACACCAUGGCGCUGCACAACGCGGGCUAUGAAGACAUUGUCCGGGUUAUUCUCGAGGGGGACAACAUGGUGGACAUCAACACGCCCACAUUCCAUACCAAGGAAACUCUAGCACAUCUGGCUGUGAAGAAUGGACACUGGGGCUUGUUUUGUAUGCUUCAGGCAUUUGGAGCGGACCUUCGCAUCAAGGAUGGGAAGGGGCGAACUUUGAGCGAGGUGACUUCAAACAAGGAGUGGGCGCGCAAGCUCGCUGCAGGCACCGCUCAGUAUUAUGCCUUCGACGCGAUGAAUGCCGGGAGGCUCAAUGCGCGUACUAAUGCACAGGAUCCAGCCACCGCGCAACUGCUGCAGCAAUUUAUGGCUGCUCAGCAAGGCGGGCAGCACGAUGAAACGAUGUCGGCUGCGCGUGAAAACCUCACCAUGAACACCGGUGAAGGGAAGAAGAAUAAAAAGAAGGGCAAGAAAAACAAGAAGAGUGUCGAAGAAAAGUCGAUCAUGGCUGCUGCUGUGCAGCAGGGCACGACCGUGGUGGAGUCGGCACGAGUGCUACUGCGUCUUCUGGAUGCAGCGGGCAGCGAGGUCAACGAAGACCACGAGUCUGAGAGUCUGUCGGUUCUGGAGGACAGGCUCAGAAAGCUCUCAAUCGCCAUUUUCGCUCGGCUGCGAGACCCAGACAUCCCUGUCAGUAAGAAGGCCCGGGAUACGCAUGACGCCUGCAGACUGAUCAAGGAGCUCCGCAGUCUUGUCAGCACGUUUUCAGAGCCGAGCAAGCUGAACUCUGCGCGUCAUCACAUCCGUCUCGUCAUCGCGGCUGAAGCUAUGCACGGCAUUCACUUGAUGCAGAAACUGUAUCGCGCUCAGGACGCGGCCCUCACGGUCGUCGAGCUCGCUCCUGUACGACAACUAUGCGAGACGACUCAGAAGUUCACGGAGUUUGUGGUGGGCACGGCGCGGCUCUGCGUCUCCGUCGACAGGGCGCCGCAAGCUCGCGAGAUCCUGGACGUGCUGGAGAAGCGCUUCCUCAAGACUCCGUUCGACAAGCGGGUCCCGACGGAGUUCCGAGAGCUGGUGCAGCUGUACUCGACAGCGCGUGAAGAGAUGAGGCUCGGCCAGACGUCAAGCGCCAAGACGCUGCGGUCCUUGGGGUGGUAUCUCACGAGCGCCGUGGACAACUACGAUGUGCAGUUGAAGCUGGACGGGCUGGCUGGGCGGCCCGUCUACUUUGAGAUCAAGCCCGCGGCCUCCCUCAGCGACAAGGAGCUUCUGAUGCUGACCGUUGACAUCAACAUCAUCAUCGAGCUGAAGGGCGUCGCGUGCUUGGGCGUGCGCGCGAUGGUGCUGAAUAUCGCCGAGCGGCUUGAGCUCCCCCUCGAUACCAGCACCAUCCACUCGUGCACGCCCUCUGUCCACAACACGACGUCGAGACCGGCCGCGGCGGCCGGCAGCCAGGCGCAGGCGGCGCGCAAGAGCGGAGGCGCCAAGAAGAAGAAGCCGCAGCAGCCCAAGAAUGCCAACGCCAGCGCCAACGGCAAGGACGCGCCUGCGGGUCCUCGGCCCGUGGCGCCGCCUCCUGUGUCCGGACCCUGGGGCAACCCCAAGCCCGCGGCGAGUAGUGCGCCCCCGCCAGGCUUCGCGCCCAGCCCGCCCAAACCUACCUCCGGCUUCAGCGAUGCACACCAGAGGCAGCUGCGCCACCGCGCGCUGUUCGCGUUCCGGUUCCUGGUGGGCAAGGCCGUGGAGCUGCGGCUCGCGGCGUCCGAGGAGCGCUACGCCGGCGUGCUGGACUGCGUGGACCCGGACGACUUCUCGGUCGUGCUCAAGAACGCCAAGCGGCUGAGCAGCGCCGAGGACGCCAAGCCUUUUGAAGAUGGCAGCACCGUCAUCUUCCGACGCCAGCAGCUCGCGCACCUUGUGGCGGACGGCACGGUCAACUACACAGAGGGUGUGUUCGCGUCGGCCGGAGCCACGGCGGCGGCCGGCGGCUUCCGCACGGACACGGAGAUCAGCGGCCAGAGGGGCGAGCAUCUGUUCGGACGCGAGCUGGAAGCCGCCAGCUCGUGGCUGGACCCGGCGCUGGACACGGGCGCGCUCGAGGACUCGGCGCCCAACGGCCGACGCAAGAACCAGGGCAAGGCUGGCUGGAACCAGUUCGAGGCCAACGAGAAGCUCUUCGGCGUCGUGUCCACGUACGACGAGAAUAUUUAUACGACCAAGCUGGACAAGUCCAAGAUCUCCACAGAGCAGUCGCGCGCGGCGGAGCGACUCGCACAGGAAAUCGAGCGCCAGUCGCCGGCUGGCAACUUCCACUUGCAGGAGGAGCGCGGACAAGCUGUGCGUGGUGGGAAGCACGCGAAUGAUCUGGAUGAGGAGGCACGAUACAGUUCAGUGGAUCGCAGGGGCGCCCCCGGUAACUCUACCGGCAACGCAUACGUACCGCCGGCACUUCGGAAUGCGCAGCGUCAGUCUAGCGGUGGCAAGUCGCAGGCUAAGGCGACUAAGCCAGCGCCCGCUAGCGCUGCAGGCGCUCCGGGUCUCCCCGCACCUGCUCCUGCUCCCACUGCUACUGCAGAGGUGGAACCUGCUUCUGCAGCUACGCCGCCUCCGCCCAAGCCGCUCUCCUUCAGCGAAGCGGUGACCGGACGAUCAGCUGCUGCUGCGCCGAAGGCUCCGGCCCCCAAGGCUCAAGCUGACGAAAAGAAAGGUGCCUCCUCUUCUCCGCAGAAAGCGCCGACGCCUGCGCUGGUAAAUGGCAAGGACUCGAAACCUGCUGCGAAGUCCAAGGGCGCUAGCCCGAAGAAGAAGGAUGCUGCGAAGGAGAAGAAGACGGAGAGCAAGACUGAGGAGAACAAGUCCUCCUCAUCGUCGACAACUACGACGACGACUACCACCACAACAACGACCACGACUAAGCAGUCGAAGGAGGACGCGCCGAAGGCGGCCCCCAAGAAGGGGCUGAAUCCGAACGCCAAGGAGUUCAAGCUGAACGCCGCCGCUGCCGAGUUCACCCCGAGCUUCGCGAUGCCGCCGGCAGUAAAAGAGCACGUUUCGUCACCGUACCGUGGCGGCUCGCCUGGACACAUGCCGUACCCGCACCCUGGCAUGGGCUAUCCUCCUCCGAUGCAAGAGGAGUGGAUGUACGACGGUGGAGAUGAAGGCAGUGAGAUGGGGAUGCCUCCUUACAUGCAGGGUGGCUACCCGGUGCCUAUGGGCCCCAACGGAGUUCCUAUGAUGUACCCGCCCAUGAUGCCGCAGCAGAACAUGCGCAUGAUGGGCGGCCAGCGCGGCGGAUACGGCGGCUACCAGCAAGGAUACAACCCGCGCGGAUACUACUCGCCGAACGGAGGAUACCCGGGUGCCGGUAUGCCGUAUGCGGGCGGCCCAGGCAUGCCUGGUGGUGUAGGACCUCAGCCCCCUCUCCCCCGGGAGCCCACGCCCAGUGGCGACGAGUCUAAUGAGGAAUCCGCUGCCGAAAGCGCGCCUGCUCCCCCUGUGCCGGAGACGGCACCAGCAGUCAAAGAGUCUGCCCCCUCGAAAGCAAAACAGCAGACACCGGCCUCCAAGAAAAACGACGGUGCGGUGCCCAGCAAGCCACUGGGGAGGUUGCAGAGCUUUGGUGUUUGGUGCGUGAUGCUGCCUCCUAUUCACAAAUCGACGAAUGGCUUGCCCAACAACGAGCGCCGCGGAAGCGGAGUGGGUGGAGGUUUCCUUGGCGACGCCAACAGGAAGCAAGCUAUAGCCGCAGGCAUGCCCUCGCCAAGUCGCACGGGGUAUCCCGAAGACCAGUCCAAUGGUAUGCUUCAAGUCGCUGCGUCCUCUUCGUUCCCUCCAGGGUUUGAUCGGAUGGCAGAACGUGUACACGCGCUUGAGCGGGAGAACGCGCACUUCCGCGAGGAGUUGCAGCAUCUUCGGCACUUUUAUUCGAGCAACCAACAGCAACAUGAAAGCGAUCAGCUUUCUGUCGGCAAAAUUGCUGAAGAUCUUCAGCGACUCGCGCAUUCGUUCAACAGCAAGUUGCAGGCGGAUAUGAGUCACCAGCAGCGCGAGCAACAGAAGUCUGCGCUUUUGUUCGCUGAGGUGUCACGACUUGGACAUCGCGUCGAAGGCUUGGAAGGCGAAUUGAGGGGUGCUAUCAAUGAUACGCAUCGGAAGUUCGAGUCGCAGGACCAACAUGCACAAUUUCUGGCGUCCGUCAGUUCAAAGCAUCCGCAAGCGGCGUCACCGGGCCGCGCUGUAGAAUUUCAGCGGCAGUUAAGGGAUAUGCAGGAUGCUAUGGUGCAGCUUCGAAGCGAGCUGGAGGCAGACCGCAGUGCAAGGUGGAAAAGUGACGCAGCGGUCGAUGCCAAGGUGGACGCUCAGUUGGAACGACUAAACUCGAAGAUGACGGCAGACAAGCGAGAUCUAGUGCGCGCGUUGGAUGAACAGCGACAGCUCGUUACAGCGACCGAUUUCCAGCGCGUGACAGCGCACAUGCGCGAAUUCUCGCGCGUGAACGACCACUUGAUGGCUUUGGAAAGGUGGCUGCACAACGAGUUUAACCAGGUCAAACGGAUAUUCCAAGCCCUCGCAGGUGACGUGGAUGCACGCUUCCAGUGCGUUUUGGUGGAGCUUGGAAACGGAUUGAGGAUGUGGCAUGCAGCACUGGCGCGGCACGAAGAUGACGUGGGUGUGCGAUUUCACGAUCUCGAGGAGGCUGUACGCACUGUUGCGCUGGCAGUGCAGCGUAAACUACGGACGUUGGAGGAAGUGAUCCCUCUGGAAGUCCAGGCGCGGCAGAAGAACGACGACAAGCUUAGAAGACGCGUGGAAGGCGUCGUCAAGGCUCUGGGCCACGCAAUCGAGACGAGUCGAGAAGAGUACCUGCCACAGCAAUCUACACUUGCUCAUCGCGUUCAUCAACUGGAGCUCAGUCAACACACCACUUCGGAUGAAAUCAAUAUGCAGCACAACGCAAUGCGGGAGACCAUCCAAGCGUUCAUGGAGGACUCGGACGCGAUGCUGCUUCGAUUAGCCACCGCUGUUGAGCAAGAACGGAUAAAGGGACUUCAGACUGCAGCGCCACCAGCCGUGGUCCCAGAAUCGCACCUGAAGGAAGAAUUAAAGGCGGAGACUCGGCGCAUCGAAGAAGAACUCAAGACAUUGCAAACUUGGACAAAAGAUCACGUGGAUGAUUGCCAUCAGCUUCUUCAGAAAAUAAUAAUGACUCCUGUUGCAGUUCCCCCGGCACCGACUCAUCCUACUGAAGAAAUGAAGACGGAGGCUGAACGGGUCCAAACGGAACUGGAAUCGCUACGAACCUGGAUGGAGGCGCAUGCGCAGCAGUGUCGCCAGUAUCUACAAGCAAAACCUGCAGUGACAACCGUCGUUCAUCAGCCAGUGACAUCGACGAUCCGUACCAGCUCGGCUGAUGAAAUGCGAGAGAAUUCGAAACGCGUCAAGGAAGAAGUCGACGCGCUGCAAGCUUGGACGGCGAUGCAUGCCCAGGAAUGCCGCCAGUACUUCGACUUCUUGAGCUGGUCGAUGGAAGAUAUUCGUCGUGAGAGUGCAGUCGUGCAGUGCUUGGACGCGGUGAUCGACCAGAUCGUUGAGACUCAGACUUGUGGACAUCUUGAUACACUUGCGAAGGGUGUUAAUGGAGUGUUACGGCGGACUGCAGGACCCCCGACAGUGAACACUGUAGUACCGCAUGUAUUCACGGCAACUCGGCCAUCUUUCGCUGGAUCACGCCGGACAAGCCCCUCACGCUAUCAAGCGCGUGCCAAUAGCCUGGAAUAUCCAUCGCUGGCUGAGAACAGCUCUAGGACUUCUGUGUACGAGGACGCGCUCGACCUGUCAACGACGACUUACUACGCCUCGUCGGACGGCGAGAGCGCUUGGAACGGUACACGCAUGGACCAAAUGCCGCAGCAUGGUGGAGACGAGAAAGAUACUUUUGCUCAGAUCACUGGAGAAGAUGAUAAACUCGACGAGGAUGAGUACAGCAUGGACAUGACUCAAGAGGACGUCGAGACUGCACCGCCGAGCUACGCCAACCCUGUCACCCAAAAUGCAGUGCUCGGCGACAAGGCGUCGCAGUCCCAGCAGGAGGAGACAGUCACAACGGAGCAACCGGGUCAGAUCCCUAUCGAAGCAGGGGACGAAGAGGACCCAUUGACACUGGAUCUGUAA